AUGAAGUCCGCUUUGGCUCUGUUGGCUCCGGCCAUGGCUGCGGCCGUCUCGCUCAAGUCCCUUCUCGGCGAGAGCGAAAUCACCAAGGAGAUGUACCAAUCCGGAAAGGUUCACGAGGCCAUCAUGCACUACAAGAUGGACGAGUGGGAGCAACGCCGCGCCGAUGGAGCAUACAACAACUCAGCGUUGUUCCAGACCCUCCCUGCCCCUGUCAAGUGUGUCAACGGCCAAGCCGUUGUUGUCCCGGGCGACCGUCUGCAGACAUUCCGCUGCAGCAACCUCGACCUCCAAGACUUCAAGACACAUGCUGAGCUGGGCAGCCGCAGCGGCUCGGGUUCCUCCUCCUGGGGCUGGACGUCUCCCGAAGGACGUGAGUUCGGUGCUGUUGGCCAGGCGGACGGCACUGCAUUCAUCGAGAUCUCAAAGACGGGCCGGAUCACCUACCUCGGUCGCCUCCCCCAGCAAUCCGUCACCUCCCAGUGGCGCGAGAUCAGGACGGUGAAGAACUACUUCAUCAUCGGUAGUGAGGCCCAGAAUCACGGCGUCCAGAUCUUCGAUGCCCGGAAGCUCCUGACUGUCACGUCGCCCAAGACCUUCAGCACUACCAGCGACAUCUCGCUCUUCAACGGCCUCCCUGUUGGUCGCACCCACAACGUUGUCUCCCUCGAGGAGAAGAACUUUGCCGUUGCAGUCGGCGCUGCCCCUCGCACGGACAAGUGCAAGUCUGGGCUGAUCUUCAUCGACCUGUCGAACCCUGCCAACCCCACCUCUCCCGGCUGUGCCCCUGGUGACGGCUAUGUCCACGAUGCCCAGUGCCUGGUCUACCGCGGACCUGACACCCGCUACACUGGCCGUGACAUUUGCUAUGGAUACAACGAGGACACCCUCACCAUCUACGACGUCACCAACAAGGCCGCCGCGACCAUCAUCUCCAGGACCAGCUACACUGGGGCGUCCUACACGCACCAAGGUUCCGUCCUGGACCCCAACAACCAGGAGUACCUCCUCCUCGACGACGAGUACGACGAGGAAGACGGCCGCGCACCUGCUGCUGACGGAUUCCCGGUCACCUAUGUCUGGGACAUCCGCGACCUCCGCGCUCCAAAGCAGACCGGUCUUUUUAAGUCCUCGGUGAAGUCCAUCGACCACAACCAGUACGUGCACAACGGGCUAUCUUUCCAGUCAAACUACGGCGCUGGACUCCGCGUCCUCGACGUGUCCUCUGUGCCCCGCGACCCCACCGGCAAGGGCAUCAAGGAGGUUGCAUUCUUCGAUGUCUUCCCGGAUGACGAUGCCCAGACCGGCGGCGGCAACGUCGCCUUCACCGGCACCUGGUCUCACUACGCCGGAUUCCCCUCCGGCAACAUCCUCGUCAACACGAUCGAGCGUGGUGCGUACAUCGUCAAGAACCCAUCGGUUACUGGCCAGAUGAAGGGUCAGUACGCCUAA